UAUUAUAGUUUACAUUGGAAAUCCAGAAGCCAUCUCAAUUCCUGGCGAAAAAAAAGUAUAAAAACUUGGAAUUACAUCUUCAUACUAUAUCAUCAUUAUCUUCAUAUAUCACAUCUUCAUACUAUAAUAUUAUGAAAAGAAAAGUGACAUCAUGUUUUAAUGAUGCCAUUAGUUUGUCUUUAUUACACCUGUCAAUUUAUCUUCAUUACAUCGCAUAUGCCAGCCUUUUUUUGGUUUUAAUUAAAAUUAAUGCUUUGCAAUGUUUACCUACAAUAACCUGCGGAAAAAUCGAUUUGGAAUUUUUGUAUUUUUAAUUUUAUUUGUGAUGUGUAUUAUUUUUAUAUGGCAAAAACAAAAUGAAAAUGAAGCUAUUCUUCGGCGAUAUGAGCUGGCAAAAAAUACAGUUCCACCUUUAUUAUAUGAAAAUAUUAAAAAAUUGAAAGAUAAUCUUUUAAAACUAGAGUUUGAAAAUAGUAUUCGGAUGCAGGAAAUGUUAGAUCUAAGGCGCAAGUUAAAAGAAAAAUUUAACGAAAGUUCUACUGACAUUUUACUGUCUUUACCAAAUAUUUACAGCAGACUCCCACACCUACUUGGACAUAGUGAUGCACUUGCCCCAUAUAUACAUUUAACAAAAAAUAGAAAAGCCAGUUUGGUAUUUGGUGUACCAACUGUUUACAGAGAACAUUCUUACCUAAAUCAAAUGUUAACUUCUAUGAUUACUGGCUUAAAUGAUAAAGAAAAAGAAGAUGUUUUAAUUGUUGUAUUUGUUGGAGAGAGAAAUGAAAAGUAUAUAAAUGAAGUAGUAAAAGAUAUUAAAGAUAAGUUUAAAAGUUCUUUAGAGAGUGGUCUUUUGGAAGUGAUAGUACCAUCACCCAACUAUUAUCCCCCAUUGGAUGACCUUCCCUCUACAUUCAAUGAUCCUCCAGAACGAGUGAAGUGGAGAGCAAAACAAAAUCUUGACUAUGCAUUCUUGAUGAUGUAUGCUCAACCUCGUGCUGUGUUUUAUGUACAGUUGGAAGAUGAUAUUAUUGCUACUCCGGGUUAUGCAACUACUAUCAAAGCAUUUGCAAUGCAACAGGCAACAAAUAACUGGUUCAUGCUUGAAUUUUCGUCACUUGGUUUUAUAGGAAAAACGUUUCAUUCAUAUCAUUUAAGCAUUUUAGUCGAAUUUUUUCUUAUAUUUUAUAAAGACAAACCAAAUGACUGGCUUCUGGAUCACAUUUUUUGGGUUAAGGUGUGCAACCCAGAAGGAGACGAUAAACAGUGUCAGAAGGAUAAAGCACUUUUGCGUGUUCGGUUUAAACCUUCUUUAUUCCAGCAUAUUGGAAAAUUAUCUUCUCUGAAAGGAAAAAAACAAAAUUUAGUUGAUAAGGAAUUCAAAACGGCGAUGCUGUUUCAAGCACAUUUAAAUCCUAAAGCAGUAAUAAAAACAAACUUUGAAGAAUAUCAAACGUUUACAGCAGUUCGUGGUUAUUUAGGCCAUUCUUAUUUAUGGGCCCUUACUCCAAAAAAAGAUCAAGUUCUUCGAAUUUUGUUUUCGGAGCCCCAGAAGGUUAUAAGUUAUUUAUUUAGGACAGGAAAUCCUGAGCAUCCCACGGAUAUACUUACAAAUGCAACUGUUGAGGCAUUAACAUUAGAUAAUAAACAUUAUCGAGAGAAAAAUAAUGGAGCAUCAGAUUCUGGCGAUAUAAGUAGUCCAUUUAUAAACAGUGAUUAUAUCGUUUUGGGACUUUUUAACGAAAAUGGGUUAGCUUCCGGAAAAGUAGGUAGUAAUAUUGGUUUGAUUGCUGAAAUAAGAAUCCGAGUACUUGAGAGCAUGGUCGAGAACUGGGUAGCAUUUUAUGAAAUUUUCAUUGAAACUGGUUCUUAGAAUAAUUUAACUUAAAUACAUAGUGACAGAAUUAGUGGAUAUUUUUUUGCAGAACGAGCUAUAAUCACACACUUAUGCUAUUCUAAUUCCUAACUUCUUUUGUAUAUCCUGAUUUUACUGUGUCAAAACGUUAUCAAAAUAUAUUUAUAUCAAAAUGUUUAGUUAGCAAUCAGCAUAUUAUUUGUAAAUCAAUAGUAUGUUUCUUUUUCUA